UGCGCGCGGCGACCAACACGCUCUCUUGGGAAAUAUCUUGCCAAGUGAACAGGCCGCUGAUUGAACGUAGCGAGGCCACUGCAGGAGUCGGAGGACACGGACACGGACAGGUCUGAGGACCACAAUGAACAUUCAGUCUGCUAUCAACAAAGAGGUGUUCAUCCCUCGGGAUGAGCGGAUGUUGGUGGCAGUGGAGGUGCGGAGAAGGAAGAGGAAGAGGAUGUCCUUCCUGCCUACUGGAGCCAAAGGAGACUAUGCCACAUUCAUCUGUGUCUCAGUGACCAACACAAGGCCACAUCAGCUCCUCAUCACAAAGGUGAAGCGGUUCGGUGGUGCCUCCUCCUUCACCAGGAGGUCCCAGUGGACAGUGGAGCAGCUGCGACAGGUCAACGGCAUCAACCCCAAUAAGGACAGCCCAGAGUUCGACCUGGUCUUCGACAAUGCUGUGGACCAGUGGGUCGCCAGCUCAUCAGCAGACAAGUGUAUCUUUGUCCAGAUCCUGUACCAUGCCUGCCAGACCUACUGGGAAGGGAAAGCAGGGAGUCUGGGAAAGGUGGGCCACCAGGGGAGAGCAAGACAGCAUGCUCAGGUCCAACCUGGUUCCAGCGACUCAUCACCAGGCUCUGCAUCCAGAACCAUGCAGGCCCGACGCAAGAGCUACGUUCCUCCCAAACAGACAGAGUUCAUCAACUGUCAAUCCAAACUCACAGGCGACGCCUGCACCAUGAAUCUGGUAAUCUACCGCUGCAAAGCCUUCUUGAAUCGCAUGAAGAAACUUAUGGUUGCAAACCAAAGUCGCUCAGCUGCUCGAGGGAGCACCAUGGGUAAUGUAGUCCAGAGGAUGAAUGUGGCUCUGGGGGAGCGUGGAGACAGAUUGACUCGUGCUGAGGACAAGACUGUGGAGCUGAUGCACAAAGCCCAGCAGUUUGCAGACACUGCUCACAAGCUGGCCCUGAAGUAUUCAAAGUAGAGUCUGCUGGGGGAUGAAUGAAAUUCUUCAGCAUGUUAAAGAGAGAUCCUGUAACAUGGACACUAACAUGGUCUGAUGCAGUCUGCAAGUAGCAGAUAACUCCUCAAACUCCUGUAUAACAGAGUGCAGCAGAGAGAACUAAAUACUGUGGAAAUAACCUUUGCUCUUCCUGUUAGGGAGAACUCUGCCUGACAGUCUGAGGGCCCUCCGCUCAGUGUUCAGUGUCAAUGUUUUCAGGUGAAUCUCCUGUACUUGAUGAGAAAAAGAAAGCUAGACUUGUAGAAUUUAGCUGUUGUGACUUAUAUACUAGUUUUAAACACCCCUGACAUAUUUUGAGGCAACUUCACACCUUACUGUCAGAGUCCCUGAAUUAUUUUAGCCAACGCUUCUUGUUAGUUUAGCAGGAUAUCAGCCUAAUGUAGGAUUUGUGAGACAUGAAGUACUGCUCAGAGUGAAUGGUGUCUUUUUGGUAAUGUGUCUGCACAGGGUUUGACUUAAAGUGAAAUUAUGCAACUUGUAGUGGCUGAGUCUCAUUUCCAGGUCGUCAUAUACCAAUAUUUUUGGCUGAUGCUGAUGACCCACCCAAAGCGCUGGUAUUUUACGAUUUGAGAGUGAGACAAUUAACAAAAAGUUGCAUAAUGUUGCUUUAUUGGAUUUAAUUGCACUAAAUGUUUGAUUUGAUGUUACUCAUCAUUUGUUGCCAUCAUUCUGUGUUCCAAAUGUGUGUGUGUGUGUGUGUGUGUGUGUGUGUGUGCGUGCGUGUGUGUGUGCAUUUGCAGCAGGCAAUGCAGUGUUAUGUUGUCAGAACUGUCUUAUAUCUAUGUUCCUGUCGAUGUGUCUUGAGCACUCAAACUGUCACUUUCUAUGUUGUCUGCUGUCCUGUGUCUUCUGGUCUGCAUGUGUCCUCAUGGUGUUUUAGUCUGUGUCUUGUCUCUGAGAGUUUAGUUGAGAGUGAAGGUGGAUCAGGUGGCUCAGGUAGGUUGGAGUAUUUAGCACUGAGAAGAGUUCCACAGUGUGAAUGAAGCUGCUCUGUGUAGAAAUGGUCAGGGUUGCUUUGGAAGGUGGAAAUGAAACGCUUCAUGUUUGCAUCACGUCUGUCAGUAUUUUCAUGUGGUGCUGAUGAAACAGUGGGUGGAGU